UGUAGGUCUCCACCUCAAGCUCCACAUAUUCCUGGAUCCGCCCUAGAGAAUGCCUGAAGGCCACCUGUGGUCCACUGUAUUGCUUUCCUUUCUGUACGUUCUGGGUCCUGUGCUAAGCCAGUAUGACAAAGUAUGUACAUAUGAAACCUAUCGCAGAGGUGUCCACCCACAAGGCGCAUGCGGAGACAAACUAGCCGACAUUCUCAAACUUGUUUGCAGAAAUAAUACUUCCCGGGAAAGAAAAGACAAAAUUGUUCGAAGAAAUAUGAUAAAACAAAAUUUUACGACAUCCGAAAACGUGUUCCCAUUAGAAGGAUUACGUCAUCUUGGUAUGAUUAAACCCAAUCAUCCAUCUUUAAGUUCAAGACGUUCACCUUGGAAGUCAUUCAUCAGAAAGUUUUUAUCGAACAAAGAGAAAGCACUCGCAUUUCUCUCGGGCGACUUGGAUGCAACACACGUCCUGAAAAGGGCAAAACAUUUUCCUUUUAUGAAGCGAAAUGGAGACACAAAUAUCGUAUGCGAAUGCUGCUAUCAUU